GGGAGCGCCGGUGCUCGGCGCGAGGCGGCCGCGCGUCUUCCUUCUCCCGCUCCCGGAAGCGAGGCCAGCGGCGCGCGCUUCCGGCGGCCGUUGCCAGGGAGACGCGGUGAGCGGACAGGAGGCGCCUGGCCCGCCGGCCCUCGCCCGCCCCGCCGGGAUGUUCAUCUACCUGUGCAAGAAGAUUGCCAUUCCUGGUAAUGUUCGGUUAAGAUGUAUUUCCUGGAAUAAGGAUCAAGGUUUCAUAGCUUGUGGUGGAGAGGAUGGAUUACUGAAAGUUUUAAAAUUAGAAACACAGACAGAUGAAGCAAAAAUAAAGGGACUUGCAGCUCCUAGCAAUCUUUCUGUGAAUCAAACUCUUGAAGGUCACAGUGGUUCUGUGCAAGUGGUGACAUGGAAUGAACAGUAUCAAAAACUGACUACCAGUGAUCAAAAUGGACUCAUCAUUGUGUGGAUGCUGUAUAAAGGUGCUUGGUAUGAAGAGAUGAUUAACAAUAGAAAUAAAUCUGUUGUUCGGAGUAUGAGCUGGAAUGCUGAUGGACAAAAGAUUUGUAUCGUAUAUGAAGAUGGAGCUGUAAUUGUUGGAUCAGUGGAUGGCAAUCGCAUUUGGGGAAAAGACUUGAAGGGUACCCACCUGUGCCAUGUGGCCUGGUCCUCCGAUAGCAAAGUUUUACUCUUUGGAAUGGCAAAUGGAGAGAUUCACAUUUAUGACAAUCAGGGAAACUUUAUUGUGAAAAUGAAACUGAGUUGUUUGGUGAACUUAACUGGAGCAUUCAGUAUUGCUGGAAUACAUUGGUAUCAUGGUACAGAAGGCUACAUUGAACCAGAUUGUCCUUGUCUUGCUGUCUGUUACGACAAUGGAAGAUGCCAGAUAAUGAGAGAUGAGAAUGACCACAAUCCCGUUCUGAUUGACACUGGUAUGAAUGUAGUAUGUAUUCAGUGGAAUCACUGUGGAAGCGUAUUGGCAGUGGCAGGCUCCCUAAAAGCAACUUCUCAAGAUAAAGAUGUAAACAUUGUGCAGUUCUAUACUCCGUUUGGUGAGCAUUUGCGCACACUGAAAGUUCCUGGCAAACAGAUAUCUGCCUUGUCUUGGGAAGGAAGUGGACUGAAAAUUGCACUAGCUGUCGAUUCUUACAUAUAUUUUGCAAACAUUCGUCCAGAUUACAAGUGGGGUUACUGCUCCAAUACGGUUGUUUAUGCGUAUACCCGACCUGAUCGUCCAGAAUACUGUGUAGUCUUUUGGGACACAAAAAACAAUGAAAAGUAUGUGAAAUAUGUCAAGAGCUUGAUUUCCAUAACAACUUAUGGAGACUUCUGUGUGUUAGCAACUAAAGCAGAUGAAAAUCAACCUCAGGAGGAGCAUGAGACGGAGUCAAUUGGUGCAACGUAUGUGCUGGUUCUCUGCAAUUCUAUUGGCACUCCCUUGGACCCAAAAUAUAUUGAUAUAGGGCCGUUGUUUGUCACAAUGACCAAAACGCAUGUGAUAGCAGCUUCAAAAGAAGCGUUUUACAUCUGGCAGUAUCGUGUGGCCAAGAAGCUCACAGCAAUGGAAAUUAAUCAGCUAGCACGGACCAGAAAAGAAGGCAGGGAAAGGAUUUAUCAUAUUGAUGACACACCUUCAGGAUCUGCAGAUGGACACCUUGAUUACAGCAGAGCUAUUGAAGGAACAAGAGAUCCAAUUUGUGCAAUAACAGCAUCUGAUAAAAUACUGCUUGUGGGAAGAGAAUCUGGCACUAUUCAGAGAUACAGUCUUCCUAGUGUUGGUGUAGUACAGAAGUAUAGCCUGAACUGUCGUGCAUAUCAGCUGUCUUUGAACUGCAACUCCAGUCGUGUUGCUAUCAUAGACCUUUCAGGUGUUUUGACUUUCUUUGACUUGGAUACGCGGAUAGUAGACAGUACAGGACAGCAAGUGAUAGGUGAGCAGCUGAGACUGGAACGCAAAGAUGUCUGGGAUAUGAAGUGGGCCAAAGAUAACCCAGAUUUGUUUGCAAUGAUGGAGAAAACAAGAAUGUAUGUUUUCAGAAACUUGGAUCCAGAGGAACCUAUACAGACUUCUGGCUAUAUUUGCAACUUUGAAGAUUUAGAAAUCAAAUCUGUUCUUCUGGAUGAAAUAUUAAAGAAUCCUGAGCAUCCUAACAAAGAUUACAUCAUCAAUUUUGAGAUUCGGUCAUUACGAGACAGUCGAGCAUUGAUUGAGAAAGUUGGCAUUGAAGAAUCUUCCCAAUUCAUAGAAGACAAUCCACAUCCCAGACUUUGGCGUCUCUUGGCUGAAGCUGCUCUUCAGAAGCUGGAUCUGCAGACUGCUGAACAAGCUUUUGUACGUUGCAAAGAUUAUCAAGGUAUUAAAUUUGUGAAGCAUCUAGGCAACCUGCAGAGUGAGUCAAUGAAGCAAGCAGAAGUAGCAGCCUAUUUUAGCAGAUUUGAAGAAGCUGAAAGAAUGUAUCUGGAUAUGGACAGAAGAGACCUUGCCAUUGGACUACGGAUAAAACUGGGAGAUUGGUUUCGAGUGUUGCAGCUAUUGAAAACUGGCUCAGGUGAUUCAGAUGAUGCCCUUCUUGAACAAGCAUACAAUGCUAUUGGAGAUUAUUUUGCAGACCGUCAGAAAUGGUUAAAUGCUGUACAGUAUUAUGUACAAGGACGAAACCAGGAACGUUUAGCUGAAUGUUACUACAUGCUAGAGGACUACCGAGGACUGGAGAAUCUAGCUAACUCACUACCAGAGAAUAAUAAAUUGCUCCCUGAUAUAGCUUAUAUGUUUGUAAGAGUGGGGAUGUGUGAACAAGCUGUGUCAGCCUUUCUGAAAUGUAAUCGACCAAAGGACGCCGUAGAUACCUGUGUACAUCUCAACCAGUGGAAUAAAGCUGUGGAGCUGGCUAAAAAUCACAAUAUGAAAGAGAUUGGAUCCUUGUUAGCCAGAUACGCAAGUCAUUUACUGGAAAAGAAUAAAAUCCUUGAUGCUAUAGAACUCUAUCGAAAAGCCAAUUAUUUCUUUGAAGCUGCUAAGCUCAUGUUCAAGAUUGCAGAUGAGGAGUCAAAGAAAAGGACAAAGCCACUGCGAGUUAAAAAGCUUUAUGUAUUAUCAGCCUUACUUAUAGAACAGUGUCAUGAACAAAUGCAAAAUGCACAAAGGGGAAAAGUUAAAGAAAAAAGUUCAGAGACUGCUUCAGCUUUGGCUGGUUUGCUAGAAGAAGAUGUUCUUUCUUCAACUAAUCGCUUUGCAGACAAUGCUUGGCGAGGAGCUGAGGCUUACCAUUUUUUCAUACUUGCACAAAGACAGCUCUAUAAAGGUUCUGUAGAUGCAGCACUUAAAACAGCUCUUCAUUUGCGAGAUUAUGAAGACAUUAUCCCAGCAGUUGAAAUCUAUUCCCUUUUGGCACUCUGUGCAUGUGCGAACCGAGCAUUUGAUAUUUGUUCAAAAGCCUUUGUUAAACUGGAGUCCUUGGAAACUCUUAGGCCAGAACAGAGGCAACAGUAUGAAGACCUUGCUCUAGAGAUAUUCACGAGACAUUGUCCGAAGUAUAACAAAAAAUCUGAUCUGGAUGCUGUUCUUGAGAGUGGAGAUGGGAAACUUCCUAUAUGUGUUGCAACAGGAGACCCUAUCCUGGAGUAUCGAUUCUGGAUGUGCAGUGUAUGUAAGCACUGUAUGAAAGCCAAAGAAGCAAGCAAUUACAACUUCUGUCCUCUGUGCCACAGUAAAGCAUAGCAGAGGAUAAAGGACUAUUUAUCCUCCUAUCUGUUAUGUCUCCUAACAAUACUCUCUAAAAUAUUACUGAUGUACUAUAUUUUAUAAUACAACUCAAGUACUGUGUUGUAACAGAUAGUGCCACUAUUAGAGAAACAUUAAAAAAAAAAAACCAAACAACAAAACAAACCAAAACAAAAAAAAACCCCACCCAAAACAACAGAAAACCCACAAGAGAAACCUUUACUAGUUCCAUUUAUGUGAAGAAACAACUGUGUGAAUAGACUCAACUUUUUUGGUUACAUUUUUUUUUUUUUUUUUUUUACAAAGGUGUAAGGUAGAAGUAUUCUAAUUGUAAAUGGAGCCUAGUUUCAAAGCCCUGUGAAUUGAAACUAAGGUUCAUCUUAAUACAUUUCACUUGGAGCAAGCUCCAUUUUGUUUUUGCAAUUCCACAGGAAAUUACUGGGUUUUCUCAAGGUUCACAGGUUUUUCAAGGAAGUAAUUCAUGAGUUUAAAUAGUGCCACAGUAGUUCUGGUAACAUUACUGUAUAUGUUUUUCUUACUACUGUUUUACUAGAGCGAUGGUACCAGUUUAGUCAUACAUUUGUGCUGUUUUCUUUUGCCAAGUGUAUUUAAACCCACCAGAGCAAUAAAGGGCUUACAAAGAGCAA